AUGCCCCUUCCCAAAGGUUACACGGUCAGAGCACCAGCAGCAAAAGACCACUUGAAGUACACAGAGACGCUCAAGGUGCUCACCAAGGUGGGUGACAUCACGCCUGAGCAGUUCCAGGAUGUUGUGUACACGUGGGAGAAGAACCCCGAAAUCUACUUUCCUAGAGUCAUUGUGGACGAGUCAGACACCGUCGUUGCUACAGGAAUGUUGGUGGUGGAGCAGAAGAUAAUCCACGCCUGCGGCAAGGUUGGCCACAUCGAGGACAUCGCCGUGUCCAAGCUGGAGCAGGGGAAGCGUUUGGGUGACCACAUGAUCUCGAUGUUGACAGAAAUCGCAAAGGAGCAGGGUUGCUACAAGGUGAUUUUGGACUGUUCUCCAGAGAACGUUGGGUUUUACGAAAAGUGUGGUUACCAGGGCGCAGGAAUCGAGAUGGCCCAUCGCUUCGACUGA